AUGUAUCUUAUAUCAAAAGUGAUUCUUUCUAUUCUCUUAAUAAGUUUCGUCCAAACUCAAUCUGAUAAUUGUUCAUGUGCAUGUUGUACUGGUCAAGGAUGUCAACCAACUCAAACACUUAAUGCUAGUGCUCAACCAUGUUCUGAUGCAAAUUGUCUCGCAGCUUGUAAAGCACGAUAUUAUCAAUGUACUGCACCUAUUUCAUACGGACAAGCUAUUGGAAAAUGUCUUACAGCAACAACUACAACAACUACAAAUUCACCAACGAAUAACGGCCCCUAUUUAUGUCAAUGCAAUUGCUGUAAUUCAGGUUCAUUUACAUGUGCACCUACAUUUGUUGGUGAAGCAACUGCUUUUUCAUGUCAAGUUGGUGCAUGUAGUAUAGCUUGUAAUAACCGAUAUCCAUAUAUAUGUGUAAAUAAUCAAUAUGGUCAAACUCAAGGUGUUUGCCUAGGAGUAUCUACUCCAACACCGACUUUACCAAGUGGAUCGACACGAUGUGGAUGUUCUUGUAAUACAUUAAGUGGAUUUCAUUCUUAUGAAAUGGUUACUGCAAAUGGUUGUUCAUCAUGUCUUGCUGCUUGUCAAUCUAUUCAACUUCAAUGUUAUAAUCAUCAAAAUACUUUUUGUAUUUAA